AUACACAUAUAAAAAUUAAAAACAUUGCGCUGUGUAAUAUAUUUGUUAAUUUUUUAAAUUAUUCCCUAUUUUGCGAUUACUUUGAUUUAUUACGUCUGGCAACACCAUCAAAUUCAGAAAGAAGGACGGACCGACGAAAAGCAAGAGAGAAAAUCAGACAGAAAGAAAACUGGAGAAAGAAAAACGGGAAGACGAAAAACGGUCGUGUCGACUUUGUUAUACUGUAACAUGUUUAGUGCUUUGUAUUGAAAAGAUUAAUCAUAUUGAACAAUUGUACUAAAUUCUCGUUAAUGAUCUCAGUUAUCAAAAAGUAAUGUUUUUCUCGCUAAUAUAAAUUUACAAUGUGAAAUCGACGGGCUGACGUUUUGGAUAAGACUCUGCUGUUCAACCUUCUUCAUGAUCUUCAUUUGAACCUGAUUGAAGAUGUCGUCGACGGGUCAGUUGGUGCCCCAUAUCACCCGGGACCCACGCAACACCACAAUAAAUUUCAAUGGGCCCCGCAUCGAAGGCUCAUUCUGCACAUCAAUUGAUUUGAACUAUGAUCCUGUUGUAAGCAUUUUGUGUGCUAUGUACAUCGCUUUUGGAAUUGUUUACACAUUAUUUGGAUAUCGCUGUUUCAAAGCGAGUAUGUUUCUCACUGGUUUCACGUUUGGUUCAGCAAUUGUUUAUCUUAUAUGCCAACAAGAAAAACUGAUGCCGCCCUAUGGAAAUGUCGGUGUAGCACUAUGUGGUGGACUAUUGUUCGGGCUCAUCACAAUGCUGAUCCAGUACGUGGGGCUCUUCAUGACGGGAUUCCACACGGGGUUGCUGCUGGCCAUCGCGGGUUUGGCCAUCUACGAUCAUUUCCUCGAGAACGGACCAGCUGCGUACUGGUUGUUUGUGGUGGUGUUGCUUGGCUCUGGAAUCUUCUUCGCCGUGGUUAAUCUGUAUUGGAAGAAAGUAUUGACCAUAUUCGGCACCAGCGUGUACGGCGGCGCGGUGAUAGCCACAUCUUUGGACUAUUUCUUUGAAAGAUUGAUGAUGCUCAAGUGGCUGUUGGAGCGAGCUCGCCUGGAGCCGGCGGUGCCCCCGCCCUGCCGGCUGUCGUGGCUGACGCUGGCCGCGUGGCCGGCGGCCGCCAUCGUAGGCCUGACCGCGCAGUGCGCGCUUACCGCCACCGGGAUAUACCACGAGCAGAGUAUACGUGCCCAAAAACGCCGCUUGAAGUCGCAACAGUCGCGGCUGAUCACUCGCGAACAACGCGCCGAGUUGAAACAGCGCAAAUAUAGGUAUCUGUACCAGGUCCGCACCGCGCACGGAGACGUCAUCUCACAGUCAUACGUGCAAGCGCUACAGAAGAAGGCGCAAUGCGGCAACUGGAGCGGCAGCGGCGGCGGAGAAUGCAGCACCCUGCAGAGCGACUCCACACAUCUCACUGUUCUGGCCGCCUCGGAUCACGUCCAGCCUUCGGACUCCAUACACGACCUAGACUCCAUACAGGCCAAGCAUUAGCCGAUUUGUAUUUCGAAAGGAGAAUAGAAGAGGGAUGAUUGACUGUCAUUCGAUGUAUAUCCAGUAUUAUUGUAAGAGAAUCCACUCAUAUUAUUAUUCCAUAUUAUUAUUACCAGUUAUUAAUCAUAUAUUUGUAUUGUGAAUUAAUUAUUAUGAUUAUACUUGACACUUUGUGUACGGGGUUCAAGGCCUAAUUACAAUUGAUUUACAACCAAUUAAGAUAAAUAUUUGUAUUCGACUUUAUCUAUUGUAGCUUAGAUUUUUUGAUGUAUUUAUGGUAGGUACGGAGCAGUAGCCACACACUUUCGGAGAUUUUGAUAGAUAUAUUAUGUUUAAUCGUCUGGUACAGUUUAAGUUAAGUAGCCGUGAAGUUUCGAUUGGGAGUUUUUAAUUUUUCCAGUAACUUAAUUAACUAUCAAACAUUUGGGACAAGAAAUGUAGGAAAAAUUUUAUUUAUACAAAAAAAAAUAAGAAAUUCACUCGCAAACCACUUAUUAUGAAAACUCUAAGGUUUUGUAAAUAUUCAUGAGAAUUAAAAAAAGAGCUCCAUUUUGGACAGGAGUGUGAUAGUCAAUUUGUGUUAUAAAACAAAGAUUUCUACAAAAAGAAUAUUCGAAAUUGGAUUGUAUAUUUUCUCUAGGAGUCAUUUACCAUUACAUGAUAAUUAUACCAGAUGUAAGUAGGUGUAAUAAUUUAACAUUCAUGAAUUAGACUUACUAUUUUUAAUCACUGCCAUAUUUUCGAUUCAUUUUCAAUGUACGGUCUUGAACUCCUCUCAAUAAGAUAUGGUUGUGUUGUUGUUUAUUAUUGCUUUAUUUAGAGAAUUUAUACUGAGCACGCUAACUAUAAGUUAUCUAUAAGUUGACUUCAUAUACUUAAAGCCUAUCUAUUUGAGUAAUAACGUAAAAAAGGCUCAAACGAUGGCAAUUGUGAGACUUGGCUUAUUUAUGCCGUUGGUUGCGUCUCAAUUUACACAACAUUCCGCAAGAAAAAUACCUAUAUUCAAAAUUCAUAUCAUGAUAUUAAAUUUUAUUUAUUGUGUAUGUAAUAUUGUCAAUUAUGGAUACUUUUUCGAAAAAAUUGUGGAAACAAAUGGAUAGGCUAUGAGUCCGUGUCAUAGACUAAAGCUUGUCGUACAAACAUUUAUAAGACUAUCGAUUGUAAUUUUAAAAAUAAAAAAAUCAUGUUAGUAUCUGUGGAUCAGUGAUCCUUCGUUGCAGGUAAGGAAUUAAUAUUUAAUGGACGAUGUGAUUCCGAUGCGAUUGAGUCAUUAUGCGUCAACAAUAGGUGUAGGGUCAGUAAAUAAUCAUGUCCUAAGUGUACUUCUUUCUUGCCAAAAUUUCUGCGUAGGUAUCGUAAUCACGGUAACGCUUCUAAUGUCCAUUAUUGACGAAGUUUUGUAAGAAAAUGAUUCUUGUAACUCUUAAAAAGAGUGUAGGUAUAAUGUAUAGGGUAUGUUGAGAAAUUAUAAGAUUUAUGAUUUAAAGGUUCAACCUCAUAGUUUGAUUGUUGAAUUUAUUUUUCACUAAUUUGUUAAUGCUAAGCAUUCUCGUUUUAAUAACGUAAUUUGUAAAUUAUUGUGCAAAUGGCGACCUGAGUGCGUGGUUUGAAAGGAUUUGCUCAAAGAUAAAGAUUCCGUUUGGUCGAAAAUCUCGAAAGGGUGUUUUAAUAUUAUUUUUUUAUUUUUUUUUAUUUUGGAAGUGAUUGCGCUCAGGUGUCCAUACCAUUCUAUUCAGCAUGUGAUAAGUUUUAAUUUUUUGACCAAAGUUUAUUUUAGUUAUUACAGCGUUAAGAGCACAGAAGUUUAUUAUUUUUUCUUUGUUUAAAUAACUUGAAAACAUUUAUUUGAUGAAUCUAGUAGUUAUAAUGAACUCAAGACUAAGUUAUUUCAAUGUAUAAAAUAUUCAAAUAUAUUUUCUUUUGGGCCUAAAGAAGACCUUUUUCUUUGGUAUCUCGAUCUCGUGUUAGCGACCAAUUUUGGACAGUUCUUGUAAAAACGUUGUCUGUUGGAUGUUAUUUCCAUUCAGAAAAUAAAAUGUUCUUUUGACUUUACUCAAUAGAAUAAUCAUUUGUAAUGAACAAUUUAUAAUGAAUAGUUACAUAAUUGCAAUUUGGAUUUGAGACUUAUUUGCUUGAUAAUAGUAAAAAAAAUAAUUUGUCAUUUCAGCGCAUGUAGUCAUGUGUAAAAUAUAUAAGAUGUAUAUAAUUUAUUUAAUUUUAAGAUGUAUGUAAUAUUUUGAAUGCCAGGAUUCUAUAUCAAAUCAAAUAUAUGUAUAUAUUCUUUCUAGUUUAUGUAAGUAAUAUUAUAAAUGCCACGUUAUGUCUGCGUCAAAACAAAUAUAUGUAUAUACUUUGUCUAGCUUAUUGAAGUAAUAUUACUAAUACCAGGAGAAAUUACAUCAACUGAAAUAUAUUUAUAUAUUUAUCUGUACCUAUAAGUAUUCUCUUGAUAGCUCAAAUUCUAGUCUUAUUUAUUUUUUGAAAUAUAAAAAACCAGCAAAGUCAACUUGCUUUAAUUUUUAAUCAUUUAAAUGACGUCAACACAAUACUUGUCGAACCAAUUUGACAACUGACCGGAUGUGUCAAUUCGUUGACCAAUAGGGCGUUGGACCCUACGCUUAGGUGACAUCUGUGUUCAGUAAACUUAUACCUAGCUCAAAUAGGUGGUGGUUAAAAAAUGAAAUGUAUAAAUUCAUUCACAUAAUGAAAUACGAUAUUUGGAUGUCAUUCUAGUUUAUCAAUUUUGUAUGAUGAUUGAGUUUUUUAGAGUAGAUUACAACAUUUCGAAAGUUUUUUGACUGUACGAAACGUGAAUUUUUCUCACUGUCAUACAAGCCCCAAAUUUUAGACAUUUGACUUUCGUAAAAAAUAUCCGAUGUGAUUGACGGCAACUAUCCUACUAAGAUUUGUAAUGUUAUUAUAACACAUGUAAUUUUGGCUAUACUUUGUGUUCUUGUUUUUAGGAGUCAUUAUUUACAGCCGUUAGUCGGACCUUUGUCGUUGAACAACAAAAUAAUUUAUUGAGUUCCACGUCAUAGCAAAUUAAUAACUUCAUUAUGCACAACCACGUGACAGUAUACAGUUUCUUUUCUACUUUUAAGUUGUAAGAUAUUUUAUAUUUUUUUAAAUACUUGUAGACAAAUGCAAAUUCAGUGAGAUACUAUUGGCAGAUUCCGAUUCCGAUUCAAAAUAAAAGUGUAAAUAGCGUCCGGUAUUUAGUCUAAAUUAUUACUGUCACUUUACCAAAUUAUGCUCAAAAAGUUCAAAAUACGCACAAUCUCUAUGUAUAUUGAAGGAUUUUUUGACUGUUACAGGCUUUCGAAGCCAGCUAAGUAUCCCAGUAUGUUUUUUUGUUUAAUAUAAUAAAAAGAUAUUUCGACAUAUUUAUUUAAAUCGAUAUUUAAAUAUUCACGAUUAACAGAACGCCACAAAAAUGGCGAUUUCGCGGUUUUAAUAAAGAAAUGUAUAUAAUUCAUGCCAAGGUAAUGCAAUGCAUAUAAUACAAUGCCUAUUAUAUUAUUACAUAUUUAUGUUACACAUUAUCUGUUUAAGUAUGUAUAAUCCUGAUUAUAAUUUACUAGAUGCCACAUAGUGUCCUCACAGCUUUAUUUGAAAUGUUUUGAAAAAUGCAAACAAUUACAUUAUACUAAAUAAAGGUAGGUUUAAAAAUAAGAAUUUUCUUUUGUGAACAAACAUUGUUAGAUAGUGUAUUAAGAUCUAUUAGCACCAUUUGUAUAUUGCAAUCGAUUCGUAAUUAUUUAUUUCAAUUUACUUAUAUUAUUGAUGUUAUACUCUGUUUAAAUUUUGUAAUGGACGUUAUAUUAUGAUUUAUUUUUGUUUUAUUUUUACCCUCGCAAUCAGAAUCAAACCAGCCAAUUGGAUUUAGUUUGCUUUCAUCGUUUCGUACUUGAAUUUUGGUUUAAUGGAUGAGACUCUUAUAUUUUUUUGUUUGAGAUUGGCAUAAAUUACAAAAGGAAACUCGUCGCGUAAUUAGAUCUAAUAAGUUUAGCUAUGAAUCUCGUUUCACAAGUAAUAUAUACAUCUGUGGUUUCACAUCUCCAUAAGGUUAUCACCAUCUAGUAUAUAUUAUCUCACUGUGUAGGUCUAUAUAUUAUGUAUGUUAGAAAAGGGACCGAUGGAAAUGGGAGCACGCAACGAAUACAUAGCCAUUGUCCCCAAUGCAAAGUAUGUAUGCUUUUUAAUUAAUUACAGCUUUAUUUUAUGAAAAAGUAUUAUUUAACAUAAUAAACACAGUGAAGCAAUAACUACACGUACAUUAAAUCGCUACCUCUAUGCGGUUUUAUGAGUAUGAUUUUUUAUUCUUUUAGAAACAUUUGAUAUCAACCGGCUAUUUAUAGUUUAUGUAUUUCUAAUAAAUUAUAUAUAAUUAUUUUAUACACGUAUUCUCUCAGAGACUCUUCAUUUAAUUCACUGUAAGAUUUUUAGCGAAGUUUACGGUUUCAUCCUCUCACUAUUAUUUGACAGUUUUUCUGAAUUACUAGUAGAAUAGUAAUCUAAAAGUGCGCUUACUAUAUUAAGUUCUCAUUAAGUCAUUUUUAAUUUUGUUACUGAAACCAGUGACUAAUCUCUGUAAGUAGAUUUUUGUAAACACGAACUUUUCAUACUUUUUAUAAGAAAUCUAAUAAAUCCGUAUAUAAAGUAUGAAAAUUCCUCAACGAUCGGCUUUCAUAAAAAAGUUCAAGAAUACAUUUUGCAUUGUCUACAUUGGGAAUCUUAUGUGAUAGAAGUAUCUAAACUAUCAAUUAAGUACGUGUGUAACCAAAAUCUGCUGAUUUAUAUAUAACGCAGCAUAUUUUUGUAUGUAGGAGAUGUAGAUGGAUUAAAGAUUAUAUUUUCUGGUUAGCUGGCAAUAAGGAUGGAAUUAUUGUAAGCUAACAUAUAGAGGACCUAGAUUUUUGUAGCCACUUUUUAAUUAGCCAUACCUAAUAUAUUGAUGUUUUACUAAUAUUGUAACGCUUAGGGCCAGACAGAAACAUUUUUAAUCUUGGACUAAUGUAUAUCAAGAUGAGACAGUUUUAUAUGUAUGACACAUUGCUUCUUACUGACAUGUUUGAGGCUUGGCUCACAUAGAGCAAACCGCACUAAUAUUUUGGGAUUCUUAUCCGAAAUAGCAGUUAAAUGUCACACACAAACGUAUUGUCACCUAUUUUUGUCCCAUAUCCGAAGUUGUCAUGUAAUGAGUGCUUAGCUCAUUCGUAACUUUUAUUAUCACAGUGACAUUCGGACGUUUUAUUGGUUGCCUGCGUUCGGCUGCGAUAAAUAAGUACGACGGAUUAAAUUUAAAUUGAAUUGACUUACAAUAAGUUAGGUUAGGUUAGGUUAGGUUUCACUGUUAGUAUUUGAGACACAGUGUAGUUUGUUUAGAAUUGACCUAAGUUAUUUAUAAUAUAAAUGUGGUAGAAUUAAUAUUAAGUAGAGAUAUUAAGGCAGGUAUAGGUAAAUCUUCUUGAUGUGAUCUGAGGAUUUUAUUCGUAAAGUUUAAAUAAUUGACGUAUGAUUGUUAUUCAAUUAUUUUAAAUAAUAGUUAAUUAAAAAGCAUACAUUAAUAGGAUAAAUUAGUGUCACAUUGAAAUUAAAUUUUUAAAGUGAAUUGACAUCAGGACAAUAUUUAUAUCAUGUGUAUUCCGGUCAUAGACGAAAACAAUCGUGCGUCAAUGAUUUUUAUGAAUAAUUUGUAGAAUAAGCAAACGGUACGACUACUGAUGCCGCUAGGCGGUUCUAAGACGUAGGAAAUGUAAAUAAUGUUGGAUACAUUUUAUCUAUGAUAAGGAUCGGAAUUUCUUAAUAUUUGAUAUUGAUAACUUGAGACGUGGACGGAUACGUAUCUUGUGGAAUGCGUCCAAUAAUAUAUUUAAAAAAAUCAAAAGAUAUUUUUUUUUGUACUAAAAAGUAUUGCUUAUACGGAAAGAAUAGAAUUAAGUAAGAGAAUUUCAUUUUUGUAUUGCUCAUUGAAAGAAUUUUCGCGAUUCGAAGAUCUCUUUUCACCAAUUGUCAGUUAAUAUAUUCCGUAGUUGCAGUAUGUAAUAAAUAGAUACAGGAUAGUUUACAACUUGAAGUUGAAAUGAGUGGGCCGUAAGGACGUAUUUAAAGUGGAUGGAUAGGGUAGGUGACAACAUCGAAUAUUAUGAUAUAAUAUUGAUAGGUGUAUCCAGAUACACCUAGGUGUUCACGCACUUCGGGAUUUAGGCGCACCAUAGUAUACUUAAAUAUAAACAUGCUAGUAGCGGGCGUGCAUACGAGUUGUCGUCAGCAGCAUUGUACGAAAGUUAUUUAGUCUACCUUGAUCACACAUACAUGCUCAAUAGUUUUUUUUUUUAAUUUCGUGGCUCCAUCGUUCGCCAAAUUGGAAUUGCUCAAUAGUUGUCGGAGUCUUUCAUUUCUGUCACUACUAAGUAUGGUGACAGAAAUGAGAAAUCCUUAUAAGGACCGGUGCUGAGUUCACACCGUGCCAACGUUUUUACUUGCUGGACCUACAUAUUUAUUCCUGCUUAAUGUUAUGUACAUGUUCAUUAGCUCGCCUUUACUUUGGUGAGUUAUUACGUACCUAUGUUUUAGAUAUAAAAUUACGAAGAUGGGGCCCAGUGUUUAGCCAAAAACAACGAACUAGUGUAAAGACGGCCUUAUGUCUUUCUAGUUGUAAAAUUAUCUAAACGAAAGAUAAGAUCGAAAUAAAAUAUAACAUAGAUUAUUAAAUGUUUUCAAAAUAAAUAUCAUUAUGUUUCAAGAUCAUGUGUAUCUUGCCCGUAGUAAUAUUAAUCAGAAAUCAGAUCUUAAUUAUUAUUUUUUUAUUCACAGUCAAAAAGGCUAAUUCGCAAAGUGCCCCGUAGUUGUCAAAUGUAUAUUUCGUUUAAACGUGAUUAGAUUGCAAAUAUCAUUUUAAAAAAUUGUCAUGAAUUGUGAUACGGAUUUAAAAAAAAUAUUCCUUACCUCCACGACAUUUUGCGACAGAAAUAAUUAAUGGUUAUUGUUCGUUGUUGUCACCUUAAUUAGUGUAGGUAUAGAGUACAGAUAACUGCAUAUCAGGCAACCCCAAUUUAGUAAAAUUUCACCUAAUUUUAGAUCUGUCUAAAUCACAAAAAUUUUAAUGAACUCCGCUCUCGCUCCAAUUUUCAAAUUAAUACUUUCGCAGAUUGGCAAAAUGUAAUAGUCACAAAUAGUAAUUUUUAAUGGCAUAGUAGCUAUAUUAACAAAAAAUUUCUUGCCAUUAAAAAUCAGAGCUGGACUAAUUGUUUUCAGAUUAAAUAUUACAAUUAAGUACCAUUUUGUAAUUAAAUCAUGAUUAUGUUUAGUCCAAUUCAGAAUAUGUCUCCUUGGGCUCCUAGCUGCGGAAGCAUCACAGGCAGAAACAAGUGACUAUACCUAUUGCAACUUUUUUUUUGUAAAGUAAAUAAACAUAAAAUAUGGAAAUCGGCCCAUAAUGGUUACUUUGAUAUGUUGUUGUUCUGUAUCUAUGUGAUACAAUAAAGAUAUUAAAAUUACAUGUGAAAAUUGUUUAACAUUAGGUAUUUGUGGACAGAAGUCCUUUCUUGCCAACACUGUAGUGUAAGAACGUUAUUUUAAUAAAUAAUUUGUUGUCAUCUCA